AUGGAUAGCAGCCAGAGAGUCCCAGAUAUCUCUCAUUUCUCCCAAGCUGAAGCGACAUCGCGUUUGAGCUCGACCGUAAGCACUGGAUCAACAUCGUCUGAUACCAUUCGUCCGACCAGACCUAUGGCGAGCAGUAGGAGAAGCUACGGAACUAUAAGCCCUGCUGAUUUGACGGACUUCGACACAUUGCCGAAUGAAGGCCAGGCCGACAACUCCAGUCGCAUACCUUCUUCCCAAUCACCACCUGUGGCAGCGUUGCCGUCAGAUAGGCCGAGAAAGCCACCUGUAACGCGUCGGAUAUCUUCGAGGCGACAGGUCCCGCAUAAGGGCCAGGAGUUUUCCACAGAUGAUGAUGUCCAGGAGGUCGAGGAGGAUAAAGCCAUGCAACAACAGGGCUCAAACCCUCAGCCUUCGCCGAGACUGCGACCAUUGAGGAAACAGAGCUCGACACUGAGGCGCAGGUUGAACGCUCGGCCCAGUCCGUUGGCACGAGCGGACUCUGACAAUGACAGCGGGGAGGAUUCAUUAUUACCGGAGUCCGGCAUGGAAGCUAUAGGAACGCGACCGCCGUCGCAGCAGUCGGAAGCCAGCUCUCAUCAUGGGAUCAAUCACGGUGAUGGCGGCGACGAUGAGACGAGUGAUGCAGAGAGCUUCACCCUGAAAGAUCGUCAACAGGCCAUCAAUGAAACGCACCCAUUCGGUAUCAGACUAUGGAAGCCUGCUCUCUACAAGAAGAGUCGUUCCGUGGAAAAGACCGCUGAGGGUGAUAUUCAUUCGUCUCCCGGCGGCCGAGUAGGAAAUAUACUCUUCUUGGCCAAUCUGCUCUGGACGGCUUUCUUCGGGUGGUGGCUCGCUCUUGCUGCGCUCUUCGGUGCCAUCGCAUGUUUCAUAUUUGCAUAUUCUCCUAGCGCAGUGGAGUACGGAAAAGUCUUCUCGGGUCUUUCAUGGUACCUCCUCUAUCCAUUCGGGUCUUUUGUUCGCCUGGAGACCGACGAACACUACGCGGAGGAAGAUGAGGGCGAAGGCCGCAGCAUUAGCGAGUAUGAGCAAUGGCAGAACGGUGAUCUCGAGCACGGCAGGCUCUUCUUUGGCCCCCGUAGCAACCGGUCUCUCGUGGGUAGGCGUCGCAAUAGCAUUGACUCUGUGAGCGAACAGGACAGUCUGCUGGGCAGAACGCAAAGGAUCUCUCCCCGUGAAAGCAAUCUGCACUCGAAACGCCGCUUGUUCGGCCGCGGAGAAUGGACAUUAGGACGUGUCGUAUUCUUCGUCUUCUUUUACUUUCUGAUUGGCCCUUUGAUGCUAUUUGUGUCCAUGGUAUGCUGGUUGCUUGUAUUCUGGAUCCCCAUGGGACGCGUGACUCUCAUUCUAUUUGACCAUCUUCGUCGUCACCCGCUGGCCUUAUCCUUCCAUUCUGAUACAUCCUAUACUCGCCUGAGUCCCGGCUCCCCCUCAUCAAUACUCCUAUGCACUUACCGUGCGGCUGGGCUGAGCUACUGGAAGUAUACGGUGGAUGGUACCAAUAUCUUUCUCAUCAAUCUCCUUGGUGUCGUGCUGUUUGUCAUCUUCGACUACUUCCUCUUAGCUGAAACGCUGGGUCUGCAUAACUGGAUGACACAUCCUGGCUUCAUUUUCACUCUCGCACUGGUCUCCAUUAUACCUCUCGCCUACUUCAUCGGGCAGGCCGUUGCGUCCAUCUCUGCACAAUCAUCAAUGGGAAUGGGUGCCGCCGUCAACGCUUUCUUCUCGACUGUCGUUGAAGUUUACCUUUACUGUGUCGCGCUGACAGAAGGCAAAGGGCAGCUCGUCGAGGGCAGUAUCAUUGGUAGUAUUUUUGCGGGUAUACUGUUUCUCCCUGGGCUGUCCAUGUGCUUCGGCGCUAUCAGACGCAAGACGCAGCGAUUCAACGUCAAAUCUGCCGGAGUUACAUCGACCAUGUUGAUGUUCGCCGUGAUCGCUGCAUUUGGUCCAACGCUGUUCUAUCAGAUAUACGGCAGUCACGAACUGAACUGUUACUCGUGCGCUGAGGCUACGGACUCGGGCAUCAAAGAUUGCCGCCGCUGUUACUUUGCCCAGGUUCCAGCUGUGGACGACAAUUUCUUCCGAAAAGUAGUUCAGCCUUAUUCAUGGUUUGCCGCUCUGUUUCUAUUCUUAUCAUAUAUAAUUGGGUUGUGGUUCACACUCAGGACCCAUGCUGCCCUCAUCUGGGCCACGGAAGCCGAAGAAAAGAAGGCCGCAGCCCUCCAGCAGGAGCAAUCGGCCUAUGAACCCAGACAUCUGCUAUUCCCUGCUGGAACUGCAAAUGCCACCGGCGGCAACGCUAAAGGCUCGAUUCGCGACUCACAGCUCUAUAAGAGGAUCUUAGGACAGUCCUUGAAGCAGGUUGGCUUGUCCGAAAAUGCUAAUGAAGACGCUCCACACCAGCCCGAGUCCAGCUCGGCUCGAGAUAAAGGCGCGAUGCCAUAUCUCGUCCCCCCACGAACGGAGGGUGAGGACGGUUAUUCUAGCUUCAAAGGCUUCCGAGGAUACACUGGAGGAGAGAACGAAGAUUUGGUGCGCCAGGUGACCGAAGUCGCAGCGACAGCGGCCGCGGUUGCUGCUCGUGAUGUUGCUCGGACACGCAAGCCAUCCGUCCAGCAGGGCACUGCACGUCACGGUAAUAAGACCACAGGUGAUCUUUCAAAGUCCGUUCUGGAGGACCAAGAAGAUGUCGGGAUUGAGCACACACAUGCUAGCGGCGGUCAUGAUGCGCCAAACUGGAGCAAAGCUAAGAGCUCGAUCAUUCUCCUCGUGGCCACAAUACUGUACGCCAUCAUAGCCGAGAUUCUCGUGAACACAGUGGAUGUCGUCCUCGAGAGCGUUGACAUAGACGAGAAAUUCCUUGGAAUCACCCUCUUCGCGCUGGUCCCCAAUACUACGGAAUUUCUGAACGCUAUUUCCUUCGCGAUGAACGGUAACAUUGCGUUGUCGAUGGAAAUCGGUUCGGCCUACGCACUGCAAGUCUGUCUGCUGCAGAUUCCCGCGCUGGUCCUCUUCAGUGCACUCUACAGCCGUAUCCUCGACCCCUCGGAUCUUUUGACGCAUUCCUUCAACCUCAUCUUCCCCCAAUGGGAUAUGGUAUCUGUUAUACUCUGCGUAUUCCUCCUGUCCUACGUGUAUGGGGAAGGGAAAAGCAAUUAUUUCAAGGGCUCGAUUCUCGUACUCACCUACCUGGUGGUGGUUAUCGGGUUCUACUUGGCCGGCUACAGUAAUGUUGACACGAUGGGUGUCGAUCGCUUCGACACGCUGGCUCUUGGGCCCAUCAGGUCCGAGAACUUCCGCACGAUUGGUCGGCCGACACGCGGCAUGGCUUUCUAA